ACAAAUAGGUUACAUUUUAUUUUUAGGGAAAAAAAUUGUUUUUGAAAUACAAAUUUAUUUCCCCUAAUUUUACAUAAAUUACAUUUUGUGCGUGUGAUGCUAAUCACCCUAGAUCUUUGUGUGUAUGAAACAUUUUGACCAGCCUAUGAUCAAGCACCGCCAUUAUUAAUUACACAAUUUACCUCAUAUUCUUCAUUUCUUAAAUAUAAAUAUCUGCUUAAAUACGUAGGGAUUUGUUUAAAUUAACUAAUUAAUUAAUUAAAGGUGUCUUAAAAAUUAAUUAAUUGAUUGAUAAUCAUGUCCAAAUUUGAUCCCUACGAGCACAUGAAAGUGAUCCUCAACGAGGAUGGGACACUCACCCGCCUGAUGCACCUCCCCACAACUCCGGCGGCCGGCGAAUCGGCUUCAGACCACGCUGUUCUUAGCAAGGACGUGACCCUGUCGGAGGAGAAGAAGACGUGGAUGAGAAUCUACCGGCCGGCCGUCUGCAACGGGAAACUGCCGGUCAUAAUCUACUUCCGGAACGGGAGCUGGAUCACCUUCAGCGUGGCCAAUUCGAUCGUCCACGAGGGCUGCAACAAGCUCUCCGGCCAGGUCCCGGCCAUCGUCGUCGCCGUCGACUACCGCAACGCGCCGGAACACCGCCUCCCGUCGCAGUACGAGGACGCCACGGACGCGCUCAGGUGGGUGAACGAACAGGCCACGGAACGCGGCGGCGACGAGUGGCUCGGCCGGUACGGCGACUUCUCCCGGUGCUAUCUCUACGGAUCUAGCUGCGGCGCCAACGUGGCGUACCAUGCGGCGCUGCGGAGUCUGGAUCUGGAUCUGCGCGGCGUAACCCUAGCAGGGGUGAUCCUGAAUCAGCCCCUAUUCGGGGGGAAGAAGAGGACCAGAUCCGAAUUGAAGAUGGCGACGGACCAGUACUUCCCCCUGCCGGUGAUAGAUCUUCUCUGGGAGCUGGCGCUGCCGCCGGGGACGGAUCGGGACCACAGGUUCUGCAAUCCGAUGGUGGACGAGGCGAGCAAGGCGAAGCUGCGGCGGCUGGGGAAGUUUCUGGUGAUCGGGUUCGGGGGGGGCACGCUGAUUGACCGGCAACAAGACUUCGUACAGAUGCUGGUGAUGAACGGCGCGAAGGUGGAAGCUCGAUUCGACGACGUCGGGUUCCAUGGAAUCGAGAUGAUCGACCCCCGGAGGGCCGGCGCCAUUGUUUCUUUCGUCAAAGACUUUGUUUGAUAUUUUACUAAUUAUUUCAUUUUUUUGAAAAACAAAAAUACUUAGCUAGUAAUUAGAAUGUUUACAUUUUACAUUUUAAAGAGUUAGCAAAAUAUAUGAAGCAUAUAGGGUAGUCCAUAAUAAAAUAUUGGUGAUAUU